AGUGCCUGUGGAGAAAUGCAGAAAAUUAAUUAAAGGCUGAAAAUUUUCAGGCCACAGAUAGGGCAGAUGAUGUAAGAGACCACCAAGUGUGGAAAGAUGUUUUCUUGUCUUUGGAUUUUACAACCUAAACUCAAAGGCCUCAUAGAGAAAAACCCUCAAAGGGAAAGCAGCUGGGUCUGGCACACAGAAAGAAUAAAUGAUGUAAGUGGGGCUUUGAGGGGGGAUUUAAAAGACAACAUGACAUGCGUGGGGAGAAAUGGAGGAUGGGGAGGUGGCAUGAAAAGAUAAAUUCAAGCCUGAGAAAAAACAAAGCAGCUUAAAGUACAUCCCAGGGAGAAUGCAGAAGAAAGGCAGGGUACAGAAAGAACUCGGAAUAGGGAGGACAGGAUGAGGAACUUGGACUUCACGAAAAAAGGAAGGGAAAGCAGUGAAGGGAACUGAGGACAUGUGUGUCCUGGCUAGUGGCAGGGAGCAGAGGGAGUGGGGCUUUCCACAGAGGAGGAGCCAGGAGCUGAGGGUGACCCCACCGUAACUAUUCCUUCACCAAUCAGAAUGCAGUCCCACAGAGUCCCCCUGGCUCCAGGGGGACAGAGCUGGAUGCUAGUGAUGGGACCUGUCAGCAGCCCCAGACACGGCUAGGGGAUGAACCAGAUCCAGGGGCCACCUGAGGGACCCAGCAGAAGAUAUGGCUACAACAUAGGCCCGAAGUCCACCCAGAAGAUGAGGCCAGAGACAGGCACACAUACAGGGUUUGAUGACCUACAUGCUUGUGCGGAUCCUGGAGCUCCUGAACAUGGAUACAAGACACCCAGUGCAGGUGUUUUCUUUGAAAGCGUGGUAGUCCGGUUUCAUUGCCAAGAAGGAUACAGGCUUAAUGGUACUUCAAAAAAACUUUGUGUGAGACACUUUAAUGGCUCCCUGAGCUGGAAACCAAGUGAUAAACCUGUGUGCCUACAAGAAGUCACAGAUUGCCUUGCUCCACAUGUUGAAGAUGCAGAGAUUCAUAACAAGACUUACAGGACUGGAGAUAAGUUAAUAAUCAGCUGUCAUGAAGGAUUCCAGAUCCGUUACCCUGACUUAGACAACAUGGUUUCAAUUUGUCAAGACGAUGGAACUUGGGAUAAUCUGCCCAUUUGUCAAGGUUGCCUGAGGCCAUUGGUUCUUUCUCAUAGUUACAUUAACAUAUCUGAGUUCGAGUCCUCCUUCCCAGUAGGAACAGUGGUGUACUAUCAGUGCUUUCCUGGAUAUAAACUUGAAGGGACAGAGUUCCUUGAGUGCAUGUAUAACCUUAUCUGGUCAGAUAGCCCACCUAGGUGCCUUGAUGUGGAAGUUUGCCCGCUACCUCCAAUGGUGAGCCAUGGAGACUACAUCUGCCACCCGCGGCCUUGCGAGCGCUACAACCACGGGACAGUGGUGGAGUUCUACUGUGACCCCGGCUACACCCUCACCAACGACUACAAAUACAUCACCUGCCAGUAUGGAGAGUGGUUCCCCUCCUACCAAGUCUACUGUGUCAAAACAGAACAAACCUGGCCAAAUACACAGGAGACCCUCCUGACUACAUGGAAAAUAGUGGCAUUUACUGCUACCAGUGUUUUAUUAGUACUUCUACUGGUCAUUUUAGCCAGAAUGUUCCAGACCAAAUUUAAGACACACUUCCUUCCAAGAGGCAACCAGGAGGGCUCUGUGGGUGACCCCGACUUCGUGGUAGUGGAUGGUGUUCCUGUCAUGCUGCCUUCCUACGAUGAAGCUGUAAGCAGCAGCCUGAGUGCUCUGGCACCUGGAUACUCGGCCACAGCAGACCAGGGGCAUAUUUUGCAGACAGAAGAUCAAAGUCCUCCUGCUUAUCCUGGCCCCAGGAUUACAGACAUGCUGCCAAGUGAAUUUGAGAGCUGUGAGAGUCAGUCAGGCUCCUCUGAACUGCUCCAAAGCUUGUACUCUCCCCCGGCGUGCCAAGCAGCAGCGCUUGCUGGCUCAGAUCAAACUGAUGUGUCCCGGAGCACUGCCGGGGAGGCUGUGUCCACGAGCCCGCGGGUUGAUAUUACAGAUGAGAUUCCUUUGAUGGAAGAAGAUCCUUAGCCUGCAUGGAGACAUGUCAUCAUCACAUUGCACUGUUGGGUGACAUGAAUCCUGAGCACUUAAGAGAUAGAAAGGACUGUCUGUGGAUCUGGGGAGGGUACUUACCAAUCUUCCACAUGAUGAUGUCACCAGAUUGCGUGUACAUCUUAA